AGUUUCUCAAUAUAUAGAGAUAAAAUCACAAAAAACAUCAUCAUACCAAAAUAAAUUCUCUGUUUCUCUCUCUACAAAUCCAACUACUCUGUCUCUCUGUCUCUCUCUCUCAAUGCCAGGGGACCAUUACAAUGCUGACUCAUUCAAAGCAUUUUUCGAUGCUUGGCUCCUCCGCCAACGUAACUUCCUCGACGACCUUCUCUCCGCCGAAAGCGGCAGUCCUCACGACGGCGAUCUCCAAGAUUUAAUCUCUCGAGUCCUUAGCCACUACGAAGACUAUUAUGAGAAAAAAUCAAGAAUUGCCCAAACAGAUAUUUUUCUCGUUUUCUCCCCUCCCUGGUUCACAACUUACGAAAGGACCCUCCUCUGGAUCGGUGGAUUCCGGCCGGGACUGACUUUCCGGCUGGUCAAUCAGUCCAUUAACGACAUGUCGGACGAACAGGUUCUCAGAAUUAGGCGCCUGAGGGACGACGUGAAGAUUGAAGAGCGGCUACUCAACAAUGACUUGGCCAAAAUUCAAGAAAAAGUGGCGGCACCGCCGUUGCUGGAAUUUUUCCGACGCGGUGGUCACGACGGCGUUAUUGGCGGCGAGGAGGCAAUGGAGAAUCUAAAAGCGGCGUUUCAGUCGGUGCUGGCGAGUGCGGAUUUUUUUAGAAGAGAUACGGCGUUGAAAGUGACGGAGAUUCUUACUCCGGCGCAGGCCGUUAGAUUUUGGGCCGCCGUGGCUCAGCUUCACCUUAGAAUCAGAGCGUUGGGUUUGCAAGAAGAUGCCGAGUGACGAGAUCCCAGUUGUGGGGCCUUUCGAUAAAGAUAAUAAUCAUUUUGUUUUUGUUUUGUUUUUUUUUUUUGUGUUUUUUGUUUUUUUAAUUUUAGGUUUUUAAAAUUUUAGGGUUUUUUUCCAUGAAAUUUCUUGGAAGACAAGUUCGAAAGCUUAGUCAUAGAGGUUUAAACUUUAAUAUUCAUAAUCAGAAAAUAAAAUAUUAUAUAGUGUUUAAAGUUUAAUUUUCAAAAUAAUAUAGGGAUUGAAAGUUUUUUUUUUUUUCCUGGAAAAUAGAUAUUUUAAAAAAGAAAACUGUAAAAUAUUUAAAUUAUCGAACAAGUGUUUCACUAUUUUUUGAAUUUAUAGCUAUUUAUUUUAUGUCCAAUUUAAGGGCAUUUGGUCGAUAUUCUUGUUAGGUCUACAUCAGCUGAUAUUCUGUUGACAUUUUUGUUAUAUUUUUAUAUUAAAUUUUUUAUGAUACCAAAUAAAAGUCGAAUACACCCCGAUAUUGAAU